UACCAUUUGGUUUCUCUAUAUGUUUGUUGUUCUAGUUCUCAUUUCUUUCUCACUUCACCUUCUUUUUCCUCCCAUCCCUUGCUUUGUCUAGUUUUCCCUUACCUCUUCCAUAUAGUUCUUGUUUAAUUUCCUCAAUUUAUUUGCGAUGGCUAGUGUGAAUAUAUUAUAUCUACUUGCAUUUGUUCUGGUGAUUGUUUUGAAAUCGAGACAUGAUGUUGAUGGAAAAUCAGAAGUGCCUUGUUUUUUCAUUUUUGGAGAUUCAUUGGUUGAUAGUGGCAACAAUAACCAUCUUAAGAAUAAGGGAAAAGUGAACUAUCUACCAUAUGGGAUUGACUUUCCCGAUGGUCCAACGGGAAGGUUUAAUAAUGGUCGAACUGUGCCUGAUGUGCUUGGUGAACUCUUGGGUUUCAAGAGUUUCAUUAAAUCUUUUCCAACAGCAAAAGGCUCACAAAUCCUUGAAGGUGUUAACUAUGGAUCUGGCUACGCUGGAAUUCGAGAUGAAACAGGAAGACAUAUGGGCGUUCUUGUUUCUUUCAACAAGCAAAUAGAACAUCACCAAGUUACCAUGUCUCGCAUUCAUCAUAUACUAGGAAAAAACCAUUCAAACUACCUAAAACAGUGCUUAUAUUUAUCGAUGAUUGGCAAUAAUGAUUACAUUAAUAACUAUUUUCUACCAAAGUAUUACAAUUCAAGACGUCAUUAUACCCCAAAACAAUAUGCUAAUGUUCUUGUUGAAGAAUAUGCUCAGCACCUAAAGACUCUCCAUGAUUUUGGAGCAAGAAAGUUGGCUAUAAUUGGAGUUGCACCAAUAGGUUGCACCCCAAACGCCACUGCUUACUAUGGCACAAACGGCUCUCUCUGCGUGGAAAAACUAAACAAAGCAGCAAUUCUUUUCAAUCAACUUCUUAAAUUGCGUGUCCAAGAUUUAAAUAACAAACUAAUUGGCGCAAACUUUAUCUAUUUGGAGAUUUAUGAAAUUAUAUGGAAAUACAUCAACGUUCUAGGUACAAGAGGUUUAAUCAAGAGUUGUUGUCAAGUGAACGAUUAUGGUUUAUGUAUUCCUUCCAAACUUCCAUGCCUAAAUAGGAAUUUGGCAUUGUUUUGGGAUUCCUUUCAUCCUUCCGAGUUCUUGAACUUAAUCACUGGAACAAUUUCAUACAAUGCUUUGCGGACAAUACUAUAAAGCUUUAAAGUGAUUAGCUAUGCAUGUUUCGUUGUGAUGAUAUGUAACACUAUAUGGCCUCUUCAGUAUGAUAAGGAAUUCAACUUGCAAACGUAGAAACUUUCACACUGGUAGUUGUAUAUCAUUUAUUUUCUUAUUGUGAUUUGUAAUGUAAAAUGUUAAAAAAAGUAAAUGGAGAGUAUGUAUGUGAAAGUAUGAUGCAACUCUAUUUAAGCUUGUCUCAUGUUUAAUUUAA